CUGACAGUCCGCGUGCUGCUGCUGCUGCUGCUGACAGUCCAGUGUGAGGAGAGGACGCUCGCGACCAGCUCAACUCCGCUCUAACGGUUAUCAGUCAGCGUUAACGGCACCGACCUGCUAACUAACCACUUGGACCUAACGGAUAAGUUUAGUAGCCUCCGGAGCUAACGGCUGACGGCGUGUCUCAUCAGGUUGAUUGGCAGUAAAGCAGUCCUAUGAUGGAGGAGCUUCACGACGUCCAGCUGACUGAGAUCAAACCACUCCUGACAGGACAGAAUGGGAGAAAUCUCCAGGACUUUGACUGUCAGGAGCACGAUGUGGAGACGGCCCACGGUGUGCUGCACGUUACCAUGAGGGGAGUUGCUAAGGGCAACCGACCCACAAUCCUCACCUACCAUGACAUCGGACUUAACCAUAAGUCUUGUUUUAACAGCCUUUUUAACUACGAAGACAUGCAGGAAGUGACACAGCAUUUCUCCGUUCUGCACGUUGAUGCUCCAGGACAGCAGGAGAACGCUCCUGUAUUCCCCACUGGGUACCAGUACCCCACCAUGGAUGAGUUGGCUGAGAUGCUGCCGUCUGUUCUGACACAGCUUCAGGUGAAGAGUGUGAUAGGUAUCGGCGUCGGAGCUGGAGCCUACAUCCUCACCAAACUGGCUCUGAAGGAGCCCACUCUGGUGGAGGGUUUAGUUCUGAUCAACAUUGACCCCUGUGCCAAGGGCUGGAUGGACUGGGCUGCCUCCAAGCUGAGCGGCUGGACGAGCAACCUGGUCGACAUGAUCAUGGGACACCACUUCAGUACUGACGAGCUAACAGAGAAUAUGGAGAUCAUCCAGACGUACAGACUCCACAUCUCUCAGGAUAUACCGCAGGACAACUUGGCCAUGUUUUAUAACAGCUACAGCAGUCGUGCUGAGUUGCAGAUCGAGCGGCCGAUCCCUGGUCUGAAUGAAAACACAGUCACCACACUCAGGUGUCCCGCUCUGCUGGUCGUUGGAGACACGUCGCCUGCUGUUGAUGUCGUGGUGGAGUGUAACUCCAGACUGAAUCCCACCAAGACCACUCUGCUUAAGAUGGCGGACUGUGGAGGACUUCCUCAGGUGGUGCAGCCUGGGAAACUAGCCGAGGCCUUCAAGUAUUUUGUCCAGGGGAUGGGCUAUAUGCCCACAGCUGGUAUGACCCGGCUGGUUCGCUCCAGGACUCACUCGGCCUCCAGCGUCGGCUCCACAGACGGCGUCCGGAGCCGCAGCACCACCAACACACUGCCAGAGGGCGCUAACCCCACCAGCCCCGGACACACAGCAGAACGCCCCAUCGAAAUGACCGCGUAGGACUGUUCCUGCUCUGUCUCUCUUUACUCUUCUUCUUUUCCUCCUCAGGUGCUGUGUGCACCUGGGACUUUCCUCUGUGUAGGACGCAGACAAACAGGUUCUGCGUCGUAGUUGUAAACGUUCUUCCCAAAGACAAAGGUCACAGCCGACAUCACGUAGACAAACACCCUCAAAUAUCUGUAGGUUUGACCGCUGUGUCAGCCGCGUUGGCUCUGUUAUCCUGUGCUCUUUAGGAUGCUGAUGUUGGUUCGUUCUCUCACUCCCUCCUCCCUGGAGCCAUGCGGUUGCCGUGGUGAUGCUGUAGAUGUAACUGUACAUGAAAUUCAGCUGGUUUAUAUUAACAUUCAGUUGUGUUGUGUUUCUUCAGUAGAUCAUUUCUCCUCCUUGAGUUUGGUUCUGACCCCUUCUUUUUAUUAUUACUCUUAUUAUUAUAAUCUUUAUUAUUUUGUUAAGACUGUUGUUGAUGGCGGUGGUGUUGGUUGCUAUGACGCUCGUUUCUGAAACGAUUAACCCUCUUCCUACCCACCAAAAUUCACUAACUUUAAGGGAAUAUGUUACCAAAAAGCCCCAAAAAUAGUUUUUAAUAUCAGUUAUGCCCGGGCCACACUGCAGGUGUGAGCAGCACGUGAGUCCCAGAACCUCUUGGUUUUUGUUUCUGCGCUGAUGUUAACAGAUGAGAGCAGCCACAGCAGCUCUGCUACAGCGCGGCACACCUGUUGAACAUCUAGAUAACAGGAUUCUCGCCUCUUUUUCCCACGACACGCACAGUUUCAGAAAAAAUAGACAGUGAAAAAGGUCUUUUGUUAAUCAUAUUGACGUGAUGUCACCUUUUAGUACAGUUUUAAUAUCUGUAUCUGUCACAGACACAAAAAAAUAUAAAUAUUUAUUCCCGUUUCAAAAUAAAAGCCCUCCGACAACAUGCCUGUUGACAGAAUCCCCUCAACUGUUAAAACAAGGCCUUUUUAUUGUGAAAUAUUGUCAUGACUGUGUUGUUGACGAUGCAGCGGCUGCACGGCUCCAUACAUUUGUGAAGUACCAACUUUUAAUUGUGUAAAUACAGUAGUUACAGCAGCAGGCAGCGCCGCAGCAGCAACACUGUCUUUGUGAACACUGCACACGCGUGUGCCGCAGCAGUUCAGCGAGGUAGUCGUCAUGCGUUGUUCUCGUAGGCAGUGUGGCCUGGGCAUUACACUGCUCCUGCCCAGGAAUGUCUGACAAAUGCUCGGUUGUUUAGUAGUAAACAGAGGGAUUUUAAACAACAGCAAAACAAUGUCAAACUAAACAUGCAGCUGACAAUAUAUGUGACCAAACUUCAGGGUUUAAAACGGUGGAAUAAGUGCCGUCAUUUCAGUCAGUGAUUCUGUUACGAAUGCGAAACGUCCGACUCCUCUAUCGUUCACUCAGACAGCCCAAAUAUCUCUUCAGCAGCUGCAGUUCGUCGCUGCUUCACCAAAACUGUCAGCAUGUAGGCGACUUUUUCUCCAGAUAAAAAUCAGACUGCUGCUCGUAGUCGUUUUUUCUGUGAACGGGCAGAUUUCUGUCUGGUUCUCCAGACUUCAGAGGGUUCCUAACUGAUGUUAAAAACAUCAUCAUUUGUGGUGAACAGUUGUUUCAUCCUCUAAAUUGAGCGACCUCAUGUGCUCCUUUUCUGUCACUGUACAUGGUUUAGUUUCAGUGGAGCUGUCACUGACGCCGCCCUGCUCUCUGUUCAUUAGGCCCGUCAACAGCAUGCUCGUUGUGGAGUUUUGGCAUGCAGUCUGUACAGUGGUAUCAGUCCAGUGAGUAACUGAGAUGUUGUUCAUCUGUGAACCUGCCUCUCAACUCAGAGACGGGAAGAAAAACACCUCCACAGAAAAAUAAUACACACGUUAAAACUUCUUCCACUUUGUGUUGUGUUGUUGUUGCAGUUUUUGUGUCUCCGGACUGAAAGCUGCCAGCAGGGUUGUUUAUUGAUUAUCGAUUAUUAUACAGACUGGUGAGCUCCUGUAUGACACUCUGACAGUAAGCACUUAUUUGGCUUCGGUGACAUUGAUUUGAUAAAUUGCACUUUAACUGUCACUUUGUGUCAGAGGAGACGAUCGCAGACGGUCGAUGUGUUGUGCACUGAAGCGCUCAGUCAGAGCUGUGACAUCUGGCGGCCAUGUUGCUCCUCCUGCUGAUGUUGACGCAGUGGUUUGUGUCAGGCAGUGCUACUGAACUUCUCCAAAAUGAUGCCUACUGUUUGUAAGCUCUGCUCUCUGGUGGGAUGCCGCCCCCUGCUGGAGAAACGAGGACACUAAAUCCUGAUAUUUGUUAGCAGCCAUGUCGACUCAUAUUGGGAUUUCAGAAGCAUUAAAAUGUUUCCUGAAAACCUCUCUGUGAAACAAAAAACACCACAAACUGAAACUCUGGUUCACACAAAGUCAAAUAUUUAGUUCUUUUAUUCUAUAUAUACUAACUGUGCUCCUGCCGUCUGUUACUGUUCUUAAUAUUUAUUAUUACUUAAAGAUUUGUACUGAAGCAUUGGUAGCUGUUCUGUUACUCUGAGGUUUGUUGUUUCAUGACUUUUAAUGUAAACAAAGUUUGUAAUGAAAUAAAGCUCGUUAUCCAAA